GUCGUUUAUCCGCAGCACAUUGACUCGUGAACCAGGAAGAGCCGGUAACACAUAAUAACGGCAUCAUGCUGACAUUUGCAUUAACAAUCGUCCGACAUGGUGAAACACAAUAUAACAGGGAUAGGUUGCUUCAAGGUCAGGGCAUUGACACACCGCUGUCGGACACAGGACAUCAGCAGGCAGCAGUAGCUGGCCAUUAUCUCAGAGAUCUGCAUUUCACUAAUGUCUUUGCCAGUAACCUGCAGAGAGCCGUUCAGACGGCUGAAAUAAUUUUAAGAAACAACCUUCAUUCUUCUGCUACUGAGAUGGUGUUGGAUCCUUUACUCAGAGAGAGGGGGUUUGGUGUAGCAGAGGGAAGACCUAAAGAAGAUCUGAAGAACAUGGCUAACGCAGCGGGUCAGGCCUGCCGAGACUACACCCCGCCAGGUGGAGAGACGCUGGAACAGGUGAAGACACGCUUCAAGAAAUUCCUCAAAUCCUUGUAUCAGCGCAUGUUAGAUGAUCACGGCUCACCCAACCCAUGUUCUGCAUCCAUUCCCGGUCCAUCAGAACCAGAACAGCCUGUGAUUGCUGGACUAGCUAAUGAUGGAGUCCAUGUAGUACCCAUCCACGCUCUGAUUGUCAGUCAUGGGGCGUUUAUCCGUGUGUCCAUCCGCCACCUAGUGGAGGACCUGCAGUGUGCUGUGCCAGCAGGCCUGAAGAUGAGCCAGAUAUUCUCCCCAUGCCCAAACACAGGCAUCUGCAGGUUCAUCAUCACCCUGUGCAGAGAAGAGAGCAGCCCACUGGCCACCCACAUCCAGUGUGUCUUCAUCAACAGAAAAGACCACCUGAAGGACAUCAAAAGCUCUGAUUACCAUCAGAAGUAAUUAUCCCGUAUACAGGUUUAUAUGAUCUGGUGGUACAACAACAUGGCCAGGGAGGAAAGCACAUUUAUGUGUGUGUGAUGAAUGUUUUUAAAUGUAUAAGUUAUUCAAGUGCAGUGAUAGUUCAUAUUAUGCCAUGAAACUCUUAUUCAUCUUGUCAACUUUAUGAAUGUGAACAAUCUUACGUUCUCUGAUAUCUUUUUGAUGUCCUCUGGAUUUAUAUAAGCUCUUUAAACUCACAGAUCUGUUGUUUUAGUCUUUAAAACACUAAAGUAUUAACACAUACUCAUGUAUAUGUACAGUAAUAAAGAGAAUGAGUGAAAU